GCGAGCUGCAGCCAAAGCUGCGGCCCAGAAGCAGCAGUCGUCCCGGGGUCGGGGCCGUGGCCGGGGCCGUGGAGACAGUGCUCCAAAGGCCAAGGCCAAGGGCAAGGCUAAGCGGGGAUCGGCCGAGAAAGGGGCCGGGGAUGAGAAGCCGAAUGAGCCAGCCGAGAAAGGGGCCGGGGAUGAGAAGCCGAAUGAGCCAGCCGCGAAAGGGCCUGGGGAUGAGAAGCCGAAUGAGCAAGCAGCCGCGAAAGGGCCCGGGGAUGAGAAGCCGGAUGAGCAAGCAGCCGCGAAAGGGCCCGGGGAUGAGAAGCCGGAUGAUCAGAUCGAGCCUGCUGCUAAGAAGCGUCGCACAAAGAAGAACGAGUACAAUAUCGACAUCCCCGUAUUUGAAGACUUCGACUCUACCCAGCCGUAUACA